AUGAAGAAGUUAUUUUGGUGGUCUGCUUGGAGUACAUUUGUAGAAGAAUUUGAAGACCAGUUAAAGACCAUGGGUUCUGUUAAUGAACAAACCCCCAAAGAUUUGCUAUGUUAUCCACCACAACACUGGUGCAGGGCCUAUUUUGACACAGUUUGCAAGAACUUCUCUUGUGAAAAUAACUUCACUGAAUCUUUCAACAAAUGGAUUUUGAAAGCAAGGACAAAACCAAUAAUCAAGAUGUUGGAAGACAUUAGAAUUAAGGUUAUGAAAAGGUUGAAAGAACUUGAAGAAGAAGGUAAGAAGUGGACAGAAGAAUACAGUUCAUAUGCCAUGAAACUUUUUAAUAAUUUCAGAAUCAUUGCAAAAGGUUGUCUAGUUGUUGCUAAUGAAGACUUAGGAUAUGAGGUGGCUGAGGGUAUAGAUAGGCAUGUUGUUAAUCUUGGUAGAAAGAAGUGUAUUUGUAGGACAUGGGAUUUGACAGAAAUUCCAUGUUCUUAUGCUAUUAAAGCAUUAGAACAUGAUAGACAAGAACUACUGAAUGAGAUGCAUUGGUGGUAUUCAAAAGAAGCUUACAUGUCUGUGUACCUGCAUAAAAUUCAACCUGUUAGGAGAAAAGUAAAGGACAAAGUUGUUGCACCUUCAAAGAGGUCUAAAAACAAUGGAAAAGAAAAAGUUGUUGCUGCAAUUGUUGAUGAAGAUGAAGUUGAAGGUGAUAUUGAAUCUGAGGAUGAUGAGACAAUGGUUGCGCCUAGGGUGAUAUCUGAAGAAAAGACUUACUUCAAAUGA